UAUUGAUAACGAUCAUAGCAACGUUAUGAGCUUUAAGGCACGUUUAUGACAACUGUUCUCCCUCGUCUGCGAGGGGAAAGUGCAGUCACCUAGGACUCUGCCCUCUCUCUCUUGCUGAUAAUGAUAAUAAUAUAACAGAAAAAAGACAGGGAACCGUGUAAUCUCUUUAAAUACUGCUAUAACUUUUAAUUAUAUAAUUCGAUCAGAGUACACUGUCCCUGAGUUCAAUAAGAUAUCCCGCAUGCGACCCACUCCUUUCGUACUCGAUGGUCCUCUAAAGGGUUGCAAAACUGCUGACGUUCUUUGUUUGGGGUUAAGACAAAGCAAAAUAAGGAAACAAAAAGGACCUGAAAGAGAAACAGAGAAAAAUUAUUCAACAUAGCUAUGAAUCUUCUUGCCAUCGGCUCUGCGUGUGUAGCUAUUUUAGCGAUAUAUGGCUACUAUUCCCAAGUCCGCUACUUCAAAAACUUACCGAAAUUCAUCGAUGGUUUUGUUGACCCAAGAUUUAAGCAAGUAGAGGAUGCAUUCAGACAAAAUGUCAACAACGAACUUGAGCUUGGUGGCACCUUUGCUGCCUAUUAUAAAGGAGAAUUGGUGGUUGAUCUAUGGGGUGGUUAUGCAAAUGCAGAAUCACCCUGGAGAAACGACACACUAGGUACCAUCUUCUCUGUUUCCAAAGGAGUGGCUGCAAUACUACUGGCCAAAUUCGUUGAGAAGGGUUAUAUUGAUUAUAAUCAGAAAGUCAGUCACUACUGGCCAGAAUUUGCUCAGAAUGGUAAAGAAUCCAUUACAGUUGGCAUGUUGGUUAGCCACCAGUCAGGUAUAAUUGGUUUUGAUGAAAAACUGCAGUUCACUUUGAUGUCUUCAGACUAUGAUCGUUUUCUAUCCAUCUUGGCUGCUCAGAAACCCCAGUGGACACCUGGAACUAAAGUUGGAUAUCACGUAAUAACUUAUGGCUUGUACAUCGAUGCAUUGCUGGCCAAGGCAGAUCCCCACAAGCGUCCAAUCGAGAGAAUUUUCCGAGAAGAGAUUUCAGAACCAUAUGGUAUUGACUUUUUCCAAGGAAUCCCUUAUGAGGAACAGUAUCGUGCUGAAACUAGAAUUUACAUCAAGUCUGUCUGGGACAUUUUGCCUCACAUUUUCUCAAAACGGUUCUUUAACCUGUGUACAUCAAUGUGGUUCGACAAAAACAACUAUUUAAAAACGAGUGUCACAACAUUCCAGAUUGGUACAUCAUUGUAUUCCUUAUCAGACCGACACAUAAAGCGAUUACCAUGCUCCAGCUUCAACGGUCAUGCCACAGCGCGUGGCUUGGCUAAGUUAUUUGGCAAUAUUGUCAAUACAGGAAAUAACAAAGAAGGAAAUAUCCUCUCAAAGUCUACUGUUGAAAAUAUUGAUGAUAUUGUAUCCAGUCAAAUCGAUGCUAUUUUGAAUUUCCAUAUCGUAUUUGGUCGGGGUUUCACAAUUCACAAAAAUAAUAAGGGCCAGAAAACGUUUUGUCAUUUUGGAUUUGGAGGCCAAGGAGCAUGUGGAGACAAAGAGAACAAACUUAGUGUUGCUUACAUAUCAAACCAUUUGAAUCCACUUAUAUUUGGAGCAGAUGAUCGAUAUAAUUCUUUGGUAGAUGCUGUUUACAGAUCUGUUGAAAUGAUUGAGAAAGAAUCAGCAUAAUAUAUAAUGUAAAAAUGUAUUAUACUAAAUGAAAUAAAUUUUUUUUGACUCAAGGAAA